UUAUGGUGCUGCGGAUUGCUGAGUUCUAGACAGAUGUUGCGCCAUCAGGGUCUACUGAAGUGCCGUUGCCGCAUGUUCUUCAAUGACUUGAAGGUCUUCCUGCUCCGGCGCCCUCCUCCUUCCCCUAGCUUGCCCAUGAACAAUUCCGAAUGUGAUAUGGGCGCUGGGGAUGGUAUAACCAUCAACAACAACACGUUUACAACACUGGGGCAAACCUGGAGGGUCCCAGCAGGUGGGGCAACCCCUGAUGAAGAAUGGGCUUGUCCUGUAACAGCCACAGGAGUUCAACACCAGCCCAUGUCCAUGAUUAGUAGCACCUCUUCUGAUGAGUUCUGCAAAGGGAAAAGUGAUGAUAGAUAUUCCCUGGGCAGCUUGGAUAGUGGCAUGAGGACCCCUCUGUGCAGGAUCUGUUUCCAAGGACCUGAACAGGGGGAGCUGCUGAGUCCAUGCCGAUGUGACGGUUCUGUCAGGUGCACCCAUCAGCCCUGUCUAAUUAAAUGGAUCAGUGAAAGAGGAUCUUGGAGUUGUGAGCUGUGUUAUUACAAGUACCAUGUUAUUGCCAUAAGCACAAAGAACCCUCUUCAGUGGCAAGCCAUCUCCCUGACUGUCAUCGAGAAGGUGCAGAUUGCAGCAGCCAUCUUGGGCUCCCUAUUCUUAAUCGCCAGCAUUUCUUGGCUUAUCUGGUCGACGUUUAGCCCGUCUGCAAAAUGGCAGCGCCAAGACCUCCUCUUCCAGAUCUGCUAUGGAAUGUACGGCUUCAUGGAUGUUGUCUGUAUAGGUUUGAUUAUCCAUGAGGGACCCUCAGUAUACCGGAUUUUUAAAAGAUGGCAGGCAGUGAACCAGCAAUGGAAAGUGAUGAACUAUGACAAAUCUAAAGACUUGGAGGACCAGAAAUUAGGAACUAGCCAGCGGACAAACCAACAAACCUCUUCCCAGACCAAUAACUCCUCCUCCACUGGUGGCACAGCCAGUAACUCCACUCCAGCUGACAGUGGUAACCAUAGCAAUGGCCAUGCUGGGACCCUGUCUGACCAUCACUGUGCUUAUACCAUCUUCCACAUCCUCAGCCAUCUUAGGCCACAUGAACAGAGAAGCCAAACUAGCACUAACAGAGAGUUUGUAAUGAGAGUAACAACUGUCUGA